GGCAUGAAGUUUUUCCUCCAAUAUGUGGGCUUCUUUUUUGCCUUUUUCUCUGCUGCGUUUUUGAUAAUAUCUACCUGGACAGACUGCUGGAUGGUGAAUGCUGAUGACUCUCUGGAGGUGAGUACAAAAUGCCGUGGCCUGUGGUGGGAAUGUGUCACAAACGUUUUUGAUGGGAUCCAAACUUGUGAUGAGUACGACUCCAUCUACGCCGAGCAUUCCGUGAAACUGGUGCUGACCCGAGCCAUGAUGAUUACAGCAGACCUCCUGUCAGGAUUUGGAUUUCUCUUCCUGGUCCUGGGACUGGAUUGUGUGAAAUUCCUUCCUGAUGAGCCGCUCAUCAAGCUGCGCAUCUGCCUGGUGUCUGGGAUUAUGUUGCUCCUUGCAGGUCUGCCUGGCAUCACGGGCUCCGUGUGGUACGCCGUGGAUGUCUACGUGGAGCGCUCCUCUCUGCUCUUCCACAACGUGUUCCUGGGCAUCCAGUACAAGUUUGGUUGGUCCUGCUGGCUUGGCAUGGCGGGGUCACUCGGCUGCUUCUUGUCUGGGUCCCUGCUCACCUGCUGCAUGUAUCUCUUCAGAGAGACCAGUUCUGGAAGAUUCCAUUCUGCCUACUCCUUGAGGAAAGGCUAUUCCUCAGCUGCGAGUGUUGUAACAAACAUGCAUUUGCCAUCCUCACAAACAGCCACCUCCAAAAUGUAUGCGGUGGACACAAGGGUGUGA